GGGCCGCGGGCGGGAGCCGGGCUGGGUCCGCGGUGACCGCGCCUCCCGGGCGAUGCCCGCGGGGACGCCGCCGGCCUCUGGAGCGAGGUGCUGCCCGCCGCCACCAUGACCGAGGGCGCGCUGGCCGCGGACGAGGUCCGGGUACCCCUGGGCGCGCCGCCCCCGAGCCCUGCAGCGGCGGUAGGGACGUCCCCGGAGAGUCCUGGGGCGCCGGGACGCGAGGCGGAGCGGGGGUCCAGGCCGGUCGCCUCGCCCCCCGAAAGCCCGGCAGCCGAGCGCGGCGCAGAGCUGGGCGCCGACGAAGAGCAGCCUGUCCCGUACCCGGCGCUGGCGGCGACCGUCUUCUUCUGCCUCGGGCAGACCACGCGGCCGCGCAGCUGGUGCCUCCGACUGGUCUGUAACCCAUGGUUCGAGCACGUCAGCAUGCUGGUCAUCAUGCUCAACUGUGUGACCCUGGGCAUGUUCCGGCCCUGCGAGGACCUGGAGUGCCGCUCGGAGCGCUGCAGCAUCCUGGAGGCCUUCGAUGACUUCAUCUUCGCCUUCUUCGCUGUGGAGAUGGUGAUCAAGAUGGUGGCCCUGGGGCUGUUUGGGCAGAAGUGCUACCUGGGCGACACGUGGAACAGGCUGGACUUCUUCAUCGUCAUGGCAGGUAUGAUGGAGUACUCCCUGGAUGGACACAACGUGAGCCUCUCUGCCAUCCGCACCGUGCGCGUGCUGCGGCCCCUCCGCGCCAUCAACCGCGUGCCCAGCAUGAGGAUCCUGGUCACCCUGCUGCUGGACACGCUGCCCAUGCUCGGGAAUGUCCUCCUGCUCUGCUUCUUCGUCUUCUUCAUCUUUGGCAUUGUUGGUGUCCAGCUCUGGGCCGGCCUGCUGCGGAACCGCUGCUUCCUGGACAGCACGUUUGUCAGGAACAACAACCUGACCUUCCUACGGCCGUACUACCAGACGGAGGAGGGCGAGGAGAACCCCUUUAUCUGCUCCUCACGCCGUGACAACGGCAUGCAGAAGUGCUCCCACAUCCCCGGCCGCCGGGAACUGCGCAUGCAGUGCACAUUGGGCUGGGAGGCUUAUGUGCAGCCCCAGGCUGCGGGCGCCAGCCAUAACGCCUGCAUCAACUGGAACCAGUACUACAACGUGUGCCGCUCAGGGGACCUCAACCCCCACAACGGUGCCAUCAACUUCGACAACAUCGGCUACGCUUGGAUAGCCAUUUUCCAGGUGAUCACGCUGGAGGGCUGGGUGGACAUCAUGUACUACGUCAUGGACGCCCACUCCUUCUACAACUUCAUCUACUUCAUCCUGCUCAUCAUCGUGGGCUCCUUCUUCAUGAUCAACCUGUGCCUGGUGGUGAUCGCCACGCAGUUCUCGGAGACCAAGCAGCGGGAGAACCAGCUGAUGCGUGAGCAGCGUGCCCGCUACCUGUCCAACGACAGCACACUAGCCAGCUUCUCAGAGCCAGGCAGCUGCUACGAGGAGCUGCUCAAGUACGUGGGCCACGUCAUCCGCAAGGUCAAGCGCCGCGGCUUGCGCCUCUACGCACGCUGGCAGAGCCGUUGGCGCAAGAAGGUGGACCCCAGCAGCAGCCUGCAGGGCCAGGGCCCCGGGCAGCGGCAGCGCCGAGCAGGCAGGUGCGCAGCCUCCGUGCACCACCUGGUAUACCACCACCACCACCACCACCACCACCACUACCACUUCAGCCAUGGCAGCCCGCGCAGGCCCACUCCUGAACCAGGCACCCGCGAUACUAGGCUGGUGCCUGCCGGCGCGCCACGCUCGCCGCCCUGCCUGGGCCAUAGGCCACCUGACUCCGAGUCUGUGCACAGCAUCUACCACGCCGGCUGCCACGUGGAGGGGCCGCAGGAGAGGGCCCGGGUCGCACACACUGCAGCUACCACUGCUGCCAGCCUCAAGCUGGCCUCGGGGCUGGGCACCAUGAACUACCCUACUAUCCUGCCCUCAGGCCUGGUUGGCAACAAAGGCAGCACCAGCCCCGGGCCCAAGGGCCAGCGGGCCGUGCCCCCGAGGACCAUGGGGCAUAGCCCCCUGAGCCUGGGUGGCCCUGGCCCCUACGAGAAGAUGCAGCACGUGGUUGGGGAACAUGGACUGGGCCGGGCUUCCAGCCGUCUCUCAGGCCUGAGUGUGCCCUGCCCUCUGCCCAGCCCCCAGGCGGGCACACUCACCUGUGAACUCAAGAACUGCCCAUACUGUGCCAGCGCUCUGGAGGACCCUGAGCUUGAGUUCAGUGGCUCCGAGAGCGGGGACUCAGAUGCCCAUGGGGUCUACGAGUUCACACAGGACGUGCAACGCAGCGACCGCCGCGAUCCCAUGCAGCCACCCCCAGCAGCAGACACACCAGGCCAGGGUGGUGUGCAAUGCCGGCCACAGCGGCGACCAGCCUCCAGCGGGCCAGGCUGGCCAGGCCGUCUCUGGGCCUCCUUCAGUGGCAAGCUGCGCCGCAUCGUAGAGAGCAAGUACUUCAACCGUGGCAUCAUGGUGGCCAUCCUGGUCAACACACUGAGCAUGGGCGUCGAGUACCAUGAGCAGCCAGAGGAGCUGACCAAUGCUCUGGAGAUCAGCAACAUUGUGUUCACCAGCAUGUUUGCCUUGGAGAUGCUGCUGAAGCUGCUGGCCUGUGGCCCGCUGGGCUACAUCCGGAACCCCUACAACAUCUUUGAUGGCAUCAUCGUGGUCAUCAGCGUCUGGGAGAUCGUGGGGCAGGCGGAUGGAGGCCUGUCCGUGCUGCGCACCUUCCGGCUUCUGCGGGUGCUGAAGCUGGUACGCUUCCUGCCGGCACUGCGGCGGCAGCUCGUGGUGCUCAUGAAGACCAUGGACAACGUGGCCACCUUCUGCAUGCUGCUCAUGCUCUUCAUCUUCAUCUUCAGCAUCCUGGGCAUGCACCUGUUUGGCUGCAAGUUCAGCCUGAAGACAGACACAGGAGACACUGUCCCUGACAGAAAGAACUUUGACUCCCUGCUUUGGGCCAUCGUCACUGUGUUCCAGAUCCUGACACAGGAGGACUGGAAUGUGGUGCUGUACAAUGGCAUGGCCUCCACUUCCUCGUGGGCCGCCCUCUACUUCGUGGCCCUGAUGACCUUCGGCAACUACGUACUCUUCAACCUGCUGGUGGCCAUCCUGGUGGAGGGCUUCCAGGCAGAGGGUGAUGCCACCAGAUCCGACUCUGAUGAGGACAAGACAUCCACCCACUUUGAGGAGGAUCUCGACAAGUUUAGGGUCCUGCCAGCCUCAGAGAUGAAGAUGUCAUCGCUGGUGGUGACCCCCAACGGGCACCUGGAGGGCCGGGGGAGCCUGCCCCCUCCCCUCAUCAUGCAUACGGCAGCCACGCCUAUUCCCACUCCCAAGAGCUCUCCACAUCUGGACGUGGCCCAUGGCCUCCUGGACUCACGCCGUGGGAGCAGCAGCUCUGUGGACCCCCAGCAGGGGGACCAGAAGUCUCUGGCCAGCCUUCGCAGCUCACCCUGUGCCCACUGGGGCCCCAGCAGCGCCUGGAGCAGCCGGCGCUCAAGCUGGAGCAGCCUGGGCCGCGCGCCCAGCCUCAAGCACCGCGGCCAGCGUGGGGAGCGCGAAUCGCUGCUGUCUAGCGACGGCAAGGGCAGCACAGACGAUGAGGCCGAGGAUGGCAGGCCAGGGACCGGCUCCAGGCCAGGGUCCUCGCCCGGGCCCCAAGCCAGCCCACUGCGGCGCGCCGAAUCCCUGGACCACCACAGCACACUGGACCUGCAGUCCCCGCGGCCUGCCGCCCUCCUGCCAGCCAAGUUCCACGACUGUAAUGGGCAGACAGUGGCCCUGCCCAGUGAAUUCUUCCUGCGCAUUGACAGUCACAAGGAGGACACAGUUGAGCUGGAUGACGAUGUGGAAGACAGCUGCUGCUUCCGCCUACACAAGGUGCUGGAGCCCUACACGCCCCAGUGGUGCCGCAGCCGCGAGUCCUGGGCCCUCUACCUCUUCUCCCCACAGAACAGGCUGCGUGCCUGCUGCCAGAAGGUCAUCGCGCACCGGAUGUUUGACCACGUGGUCCUCGUCUUCAUCUUCCUCAAUUGCAUCACCAUCGCCCUGGAGAGGCCAGACAUCGACCCCGGGAGCACCGAACGGGCCUUCCUCAGCGUCUCCAACUACAUCUUCACAGCCAUCUUCGUGGUGGAAAUGAUGGUGAAGGUGGUAGCCCUGGGUCUGCUGUGGGGCGAGCGUGCCUACCUGCAGAGCAGUUGGAACGUGCUGGACGGGUUGCUGGUCCUGGUGUCCCUGGUGGACAUCGUUGUGGCCAUGGCCUCCGCUGGUGGUGCCAAGAUCCUGGGCAUUCUGCGCGUGCUGCGCCUGUUGCGGACCCUGCGACCUCUGAGGGUCAUCAGCCGGGCUCCAGGCCUCAAGCUGGUGGUGGAGACGCUGAUCUCAUCGCUCAGGCCCAUCGGGAACAUCGUACUCAUCUGCUGCGCCUUCUUCAUCAUCUUCGGCAUCCUGGGGGUGCAGCUCUUCAAGGGGAAGUUCUACUACUGCGAGGGUGCCGACACCAGGAACAUCUCCACCAAGGCUGAGUGCCGGGCUGCCCACUACCGCUGGGUGCGGCGCAAGUACAACUUCGACAACUUAGGCCAGGCGCUGAUGUCACUGUUCGUGCUAUCGUCCAAGGACGGCUGGGUGAACAUCAUGUAUGACGGACUAGACGCCGUGGGUAUUGACCAGCAGCCCGUGCAGAACCACAACCCCUGGAUGCUGCUGUACUUCAUCUCCUUCCUGCUCAUCGUCAGCUUCUUUGUGCUCAACAUGUUCGUGGGUGUGGUGGUAGAGAACUUCCACAAGUGCCGGCAGCACCAGGAGGCUGAGGAGGCGCGCCGGCGGGAGGAGAAGCGGCAACGGCGGCUGGAGAGGCGGCGCAGGAGCACUUUCCCCAGCCCAGAGGCCCAGCGCCGGCCCUACUACGCUGACUACUCCCAGGCACGCCGCUCCAUCCACUCUUUGUGCACCAGCCACUACCUAGACCUCUUCAUCACCUUUGUCAUUGGCCUCAACGUCAUCACUAUGUCCAUGGAGCACUAUGACCAGCCCAAGUCGCUGGACGAGGCCCUCAAGUAUUGCAACUACGUGUUCACCAUCGUCUUUGUCAUUGAGGCUGUGCUGAAGCUGGUGGCCUUUGGGUUCCGGCGGUUCUUCAAGGACAGGUGGAACCAGCUGGACCUGGCCAUCGUCCUGCUGUCCAUCAUGGGCAUUGCCCUGGAGGAGAUUGAAAUGAAUGCCGCAUUACCCAUCAACCCCACCAUCAUCCGCAUCAUGCGUGUGCUCCGUAUCGCCCGUGUGCUGAAGCUGCUGAAGAUGGCCACAGGCAUGCGGGCCCUGCUGGACACUGUGGUUCAAGCCCUGCCCCAGGUAGGGAACCUUGGCCUUCUUUUCAUGCUCCUGUUUUUUAUCUAUGCUGCCCUGGGAGUGGAGCUGUUUGGGAGGCUAGAGUGCACUGAGGACAACCCCUGCGAGGGCCUGAGCAGGCACGCCACCUUUGCCAACUUCGGCAUGGCCUUCCUCACGCUGUUCCGGGUGUCCACCGGGGACAACUGGAAUGGGAUCAUGAAGGACACACUGCGGGAGUGUGCGCGUGAGGACAAGCACUGCCUAGGCUACCUGCCGGCACUGUCGCCCCUGUACUUCGUCACCUUCGUGCUGGUGGCCCAGUUCGUGCUGGUCAACGUGGUGGUGGCCGUGCUCAUGAAGCACCUGGAGGAGAGCAACAAGGAGGCCCGCGAGGACGCCGAGAUGGAUGCCGAGCUCGAGCUGGAGAUGUCGCAGGGGCCCCCCGCCCGCCCCUCACCCCCAGAAAGCCCAGACACAGGCCCAGAUGGCCCCACCCUCUUGGCCGUGCGCAAGGUGUCUGUGUCCAGGACACUCUCACUGCCCAACGACAGCUGCAUGUUCCGGCCCGUGGCACCCGCCACGGCCCCCCAACCCCACCCCCUGCAGGAGGCCAGGAUGGAGACCUACGCGGGCAGCACCCCCUCAGGCUUGGUCACCUCCGCUCACUCGCCGCCCCUGGAGCCUUCUGCCUCCCUGCAGGUCCCAUCAGCCACAUCCCCACCUGCCAGGGGCAGCGACCCUCAGUGUACCCUGUCCCCCCGUGGCGCACCCCACUCCCCCAGCCUCAGUCGGCUGCUCUGCAGACAGGAAGCCAUGCGCAGAGAAUCGCUGGAAGAGCAGGCUGAUGGCCGUGGGGACAGUGCCCCGGGAUCCACAGAGUCUUUUGAGAAGAGCCCAGCCAGGCAGGACUCCCUGGGGGGCCCCCCACGGUCCCCACCCUGCUCCCCACGGCCUGCCAGCAUUCGCACCCGCAAGCACAUGUUCGGACAACGCUGCAUCUCCAGCCGGCUGCCGGCCCCUAGUGGAGAUGAGGCUGAAGCCUCAGACCCAGCUGACGAGGAGGUCAGCCACAUCACCAGCUCUGCCCAGCCCUGGCCCUUGGCCUCAACUCACAGCCUUGCAGCCUCCCCGGUGACCUCCCCUGUGGCCCGAGGGGUGGCAGGCAGCGCGCAAGACCUACGCAGGUUCUGCAGUGUGGACGCCCAGGGUUUCCUAGACAAACCAGGCCGGGUGGACAUGCAGAGGUGGCCCUCCAUGGAGCUGGGUAGCGGGGACAGCCACCUGGAUCCCAGGGAGGUCAAGGCCUGGGUCCCUGAGCUCGAGCCAGCCCUGGGGGCACGCAGGAAGAAGAAGAUGAGCCCCCCCUGCAUUUCUGUGGAUCCCCCAAUGGAGGAUGAGAGCUCUACCCGGCCCCCUGCAGCAGAAGGUGGCAGCAGCACCCUGCGGCGCAGGACCCCAUCCUGCGAGGCUGCCCUGCACAGGGACUGCCUGGAGCCCACGGAGGGCCCAGGUGCAGGAGGGGACCCUGCAGCCAAGGCGGAGCGUUGGGGCCAGGCCUGCCGAUCAGAGCAUCUAACUGUGCCCAGCUUUGCCUUUGAGCCACUGAAUGUGGGGGGCCCCAGUGGAGACCCUUUGCUGGACAGUGACCACAGUGGGACCCCAGAACCCACAGCUUCCUUCUCAGGGGCCACAACAUCUCUAGAACCCCAUGAAACAGAGCCACCCUUGCCCUCUGGAGAUGCCCCACAGAAGGACCAGGAACUAUACCUCACAGUUCCCCAAACCCCGCUAAAGAAAGCAGGGUUGCUCCCAGCCACCCCUGCCCUGGGUGACAGUGCAGAUGGAUCUGUGUAG